AUGAUCGAGCUCUACCAGCUACCCGAGUGGCCUUGCGCCCGCGACUCUCCCGACACCACAAUCAAAGAGGCAUUUGCAGACAUCAUCACUGACGAAUAUCUCACGACCGCAUGCGUCACAAUAUCUAUCUCGAGCCCCUACGCCGAGGUCGAAAAGCGCGAGAAUCUCGUGGUCAUUCUUGAACCUUAUUCGCGCCCGCGAUCUCUCAAGCGCACUAGAUCAGGGUCUUUCAAGGAGGGAAAGUCUGGAUUCAUGUCGGAGAUGGCUGCCGCGGCCUUAGACCAAGUGACGAAAAUUCAGGAGUCUCAAAUGCUGCAACAAGUCCACAACUACCGGCCAUUGGCAUCGGCUGCUCGCCCAGUUCAUAUCUACCACCCAUUAUUCGCUAAUUUCCAGCGUAUGAUCAAUCGUAGUGACUCCGAAGGAGAGCCGUUCUCCUCUGAAGAACUCGAUUCUGCCCACUCCUUCAUACACGAUUGUUCAAAGUAUCACCGGUCAAGAACCGGACGCAAGGAUGCGAUGUAA